AGUUCAUGCUAGAAAAAAACGCCCACUAAAAGCUCGCUUCCUCUACAAAAUCGCCGACAGUCGAAUCUAUUCCCUCUCUCUGGCUCUCUCUCUCACAGAAGGAAAGAUUGUUUGAAUGGGGAGGAAGCUAUAAGAGCUACGUAAGAAUGAAAACGGAUCAAGUCUCGAACCAGCUGAUAAGCUCUGAUCUGAAAGAGAUUGGAUACGCCGCUAAAAAGCUCGCUACCCAUGUCAUCAACCUUGGCAGCUUAGCCUUCGGCUCUACAUUCCUCGAAUGGGUUGCUUCCUUCACUGCAAUUUAUUUGUUGGUUCUGGAUCGAACAAAUUGGAAGACAAACAUUCUUACAUCUCUACUAAUCCCGUACAUCUUCUUCAGUCUUCCUUCGCUACUGUUCAGCAUCUUCAGAGGAGAUAUUGGGAAAUGGAUUGCUUUCGUUGUGGUUGUGUUGCGCCUUUUCUUCCCAAAACAUUUCCCAGAUUGGCUCGAACUUCCCGGAGCUUUGAUUCUCUUAAUGGUGGUGGCUCCUAGCUUACUUGCAGCCACUGUAAGGGACGGCUGGAUUGGCGUAACAAUCUGUCUUGUCAUUGCAUGUUAUUCGCUGCAAGAACACAUCCGGGCAUCUGGUGGUUUCAGAAAUUCCUUCACAAAAGCCAAUGGCAUAUCAAACACGGUUGGUAUAAUCCUUCUGUUGGUCUAUCCCGUCUGGGCACUGGUACUUGAAUUCAUAUAGGCACACUCUCUGCAGCAUGUGGAUUGUUUUGAGGCUCUUCCAUAUUUCAUGAACCAUCUUGUUUGUAGAUAAACUGACAAGUUUGUCACCAUCGUUGUGUUACUCAGAUGUGUUGUUAUCAUUUGCACCUGUAUAAACGCCAACAGAAAAAUUUGUGUUUCA